AUGCCUUCCACAGAAGUCGUGGGCGCCAUGCCGCCGCCAGACGGGGUUGUCCCAGACUUCUCUCUCACAAGAACCUCCGUGCAGCAGGAAUUCAUCCUCACGUAUGCCAUAACCCUGGGAAUUGCCAUUGUCCUUGUUCUGCUGCGCCUCUAUACACGGUUAUUCCUUCUCAAGUCUUUUGGACUGGACGACUGGGCUGUUAUUGCAUCUACUCUUUUCUCCAUAGCCUUCUUUGCGCUGUGCUUUGUUUCAAUGGAAUACGGGUUUGGGAGACACCUAUACAAUGUUCCUGUGGCUGCUCUGCCGACAUAUCUUAAACUGCUUAUACCCAUCGUGGUGACAUACUGCUGGGCACCAUUUAUGACCAAAUUCUCAAUUCUUAUUCUGUAUCACCGCUUGAACCCGUCACAGAACUUCCGCUAUAUGAUCUACUUCUUGAUGUUCGUCAUUACGGGCUACACCCUAGCAACUACAUUGGCAACAGCCGGCGGAUGCAAUCCGCUGAAUACAGGGAAAACCCCCUGCAUCAACAGCCUCGCUCUAUGGCAGGCAAUCCUCAACAUCCUGACAGGCUUUCUGAUGCUGUUGAUGCCAAUCCCACUCUUAUGGGCCAUUCAACUACCGCUGCUACAGAAGCUUUCUUUGGGGUUGAUUUUUGCAAUUGGCUCUGCAGCAAUGAUCACCAGUAUCGUCCGUAUCACUUACAUCAUGAAUAUCCUCGACAAGGAAGACUUCACCUGGUACGAGGCAACCGUCUGCGUUUGGCCGUAA